CAAGCCGAGGGGCGAGGGGUGGGGGCUUGGGUGGAUACCGCCUGUAGGAAAGACCGCCCCUGCCCAUAGGAUUGGACAAGAAUAGUAAAACUGAUGAAUGUGUGUUUUCUUUUUACCAACAUUCACACUUAUGCAAGCCAUGACAGUUUUGUUGGAGAAAGAUUUAGAGAUUUGUAUCAUUCUAUAUUUUUAAGAAGUAUUGAUGUUUGUUAUCAUCAUCCUAACAAUCCAAUGUGAUUUAAUGGACAACUGAUGGCCUAGCUGUUAUCCUACUCGCCGUAAAAUUGCACAAUAUCUCGCCAUAAUAGUUUGCUCCUUGGACAUGCGCGUUACAACGUUCACAGGAGGCAUUUAAAUCUUUAGGGUAAAGAUCUCUGAAACUUCACAAGCUCACAUUCGUUACAGAGCACACCAGAGCAUAGCAGAGCAAAGUCACGCCCUUUUGCGUAGCCAAAAGAUGAUAACAUGGAUAUUAAGUACAUUUAGUGCAGGAGUCUUCUCCCUUCUGAUAUACCAACGGAUGUUUUACCGAUUCUUUUGGGAUGAUUUGAUUUAUUACCUGAAACUUCGUAUGGUCGGAAAGGCAUUGAUGUCUCGCAUGCAAAGAGGGGUAUUUACUUACGUCGACUGCUUUCUCAAUCAGGCAAAGAAGACUUCUGACAAGCCUUUCGUAGUAUUCGAAAAUCAGACUCUCACGUACCAGGAUGUUGAUAAAAGAAGUAACCAAUUUGCUACAGUAUUGAAGACUGUGGGUAAUUUGAAGCAAGGCGAUAUAGUUGCCCUUUUGAUGAGCAACGAGCCUGAUUUUAUCUGUGUGUGGUUCGGACUAUCCAAACUGGGCUGCGAAGUUGCGUUUCUCAAUUUCAACAUCAAGACAAAAUCACUUCUCCACUGCAUUGAAAUCUGUGGUGCGAAAUCACUCGUCGUUGGCGCAGAUUUGGUCAGUUCUCUUGACAACAUUUUGCCCACACUUGAAGAGAAUAAUAUCAAGGUAUGGGUGUCUGAUGCCAGCUCACCUCAUCCGUCGGUCAACACAUUACUGGACAAGGUGGAGCAAGCCUCGUCUGACCCUUUACUCAACCGUCCUAAAGUUGACCUCAUGUCUAACUUCUUGUUUAUCUUUACCUCAGGAACAACAGGACUUCCUAAGGCAGCCCGAGUGGGACAUCUCAAAGCCGCUAUGAGUAUGUCAUUUCUUCGUCUGUGUGGAGCCAGAUCUGAUGACAACAUCUACAUUCCUCUACCUCUCUACCACAUGACCGCGUCAUUGCUGGGGAUUGGUGGAUGCAUCGAACUCGGUGCCACAUGUGUACUGAAAAAGAAGUUUUCAGCCAGUCACUUUUGGAAGGACUGUGUAAAACACAACAUCACAGUCUUUCAAUACAUUGGGGAGCUUUGUCGCUACCUAGUUAAUCAGCCUGUGGUUCCCGAGGAGAGAACCCAUGACGUGCGUGUAGCAGCAGGGAGUGGCCUCAGGCCAGAUGUGUGGAAAGAGUUUGCCAGACGCUUUGGUAAAAUCAACAUUCGGGAGGCUUAUGGUCUCACAGAAGCCAGCAUCGGCUUUGUCAACUAUACAAGUGAAAUUGGGCCCAUCGGACGGGCCAGCUAUUUCAACAAGCUGAAUAUGCCCUUUGAACUCUUGAAAUUUAACCCACAACUGUUUGAACCGACACGAACGAACACUGGAAGAUGUACAAAAGCAAACAAAGGGGAGACAGGCAUCCUGGUUGCCCCCGUGUCGGCCUUGAACCCCUUUCUGGGCUAUGCUGGAAAUGAGUUGCAGUCAGAGAAGAAGCUCCUCAGAGAUGUGUUCAGGGAGGGAGACAUGUACUUCAACACUGGGGACCUCAUGCUCCAGGACCACCGAGAUUUUGUCUACUUCCGCGAUCGUAUUGGAGACACAUUUAGGUGGAAAGGAGAAAAUGUCGCCACAACAGAAGUUUCAGAAAUUCUAGGAAGUCUGGAAUUCCUACAGGAAGUCAAUGUCUACGGUGUCAGUGUGCCAGGAUAUGAGGGGAGAGCUGGAAUGGCAGCUUUGGUUUUAAAGCCAGACCAGGAUCUGGAUGGUAAAAAAAUCUACAGUCUUUUGGUUCAAAGUCUCCCUCCGUAUUCCUGGCCCUGGUUUCUGCGGAUACAGAUGGCCAUUGAUGUGACAGAGACAUUCAAACAGCAGAAGGGGAAGCUGGUUCGGGAAGGCUUCAGUCCUGAGGCAGUCCACGAGCCCCUAUACUUCCUGGAUCUCUUGCAGAAAGACUACAUAUGCCUUACUCCAGCUCUGUAUAACGACAUUAUCUCUGGAAAGAUCCGCAUCUAAGAUUGUAGAAUUUUUGAACUAUCUGACAGUGACUGCAGCAGAAACAUAGAAGUGCAUUUUUUAAUGCAAAUUCAAUAGAUAUUCGUUCAAGACAGAUCUAAACGGAUGGAAGUUGUGCUGUGUUUGACAAUUUCUUACUGCUGUCAUAAUUUUUCACUGUCACCUUUUAAAGCACUUCUUAAAGUAGUAAUCCUGUCAUUUCAGAUGGAGUUCUGUCUGAGGGUGUCCUUUUGAGCACUCCUUGUUUUCAGUAUCAGUUAAAACCAGUAAGUGAUGAGAUUACAAUGGUAAUUACAAUGUCACGGUUGUAACCUGGUUAUCAUCCUCAUAUCAGGGCUUGUGUUUACAUAUAGAAUUGUGUAUGAAUCACUUUAUUAAAAAUCUCUGGAUAUUGCAUAAUAUGCAACUGUUUACAGUAGGCCUAUUUGUUUGAAGACUUAUAGUUGCUUUUCCUGUUUUCAUCUGACAUACUGACUUUUCCAGUUAUUUUUGAAUAUCUAUUCAACUUAAAUAUAAGCUACAUGUUCUAACCCUAUAGACUGCACCCAUGUCAACAAGCAUAAACAUUCAAAUUUUAGAUAUGGAUGCAUACCGUAUUUUUUCGGAAAAUAAACUGCAUUUUCUAUAAACCGCA